AUGACGACAUUCACUGAAGACGAGACAACGAAACAUGAAGCAGACGAUACAUUUGUUUUAUCGUAUUUGAAUUCGCUCAAUGAUAAACAUAAUUUAUUAGAUCAACAAGAUACUACCAUCGAAUUAUCGGACAAUUUUAUAUUAUCAUUUAGACAAAAACGAGAACAAAGAACAGCAGGUCGUCUAUGUCUUUGUGUAACACUUUUCACCGGUUUAAUAUUAGCAACAGUUAUUACAUUUUUGAGUGCAUUUAUUUAUCAAGAAAAUCAGACCAAAUUAGAAAUCAAAGUGGAAUUAAUAUGGACUACUGGUCUACCAAAACUUAUCACAGAAACCUCUUUUCGUCUUCUUGAUUCUAAUAAAGAUGGUGUGCUUGAUAUUGUGUUUGGAUACGGAACAGGAGUGGACACUCUAAUUCCAAACAGAUUAUUGUGCGAUAUCUAUUUCGAUGGCUCUUACCCCUGCAAUGGUGGAGUUAUGUUACUUGAUGGACGGAAUGGCGAAGUCAGAUGGAAUUUCGAUGGAUCUCAACACGAAGUAUUUGCACUUAAUUGUGAACGUGAUAUCGACAAAGACGGAAUUUUGGAUUGUCUUACUGGUGGCAGAGGUGGUACAUUUGAAGCGAUUAGUGGUCAAUCAGGAAAGUUGAUCUGGACAUUUGAUAAUGAAGUGCGUAGUGAAAAAAUGAAUUUUUACACGCCAUUGUAUAUACACGAUGUUGAUCAUGAUGGAUUAGAUGACAUAGUAACCGUUCACGGUGGAGAUCCAACGCGAAAUCCACAUGAGAAAGUUCGAAUACCUGGUGAAAUAUUGUUAGUUAGUUCAAAAUCUGGUCAAUUACUAAACGUUUCUAUUGUACCCGAUAAAAUGGAAUCGUACUAUUCGCCACAAUUAAUUACUCGAAAGAAAGGUGAACAAUUUAUUUUGAUUGGAACAGGAGGAGAAACUCACGGAGGUGGAUUAUUUGCGUUUAAUUUACAAUGCUUUACAUCGCGCUGUAACGAGCCGUACAUCAAAAUUAUUUCCGAUGAUUAUAAGGGCGUAAUGACACCACCAGUUUUAGUAGAUGUUAACAAAGACAAUGUUGAUGAUAUUAUAAUUCCAUUAUACAAUUCUACAUUGUUUGCAUUUGAUGGACAAACAUUUAAACAGCUCUGGAAUUAUACAUUUUUUAGCUCUGAAACGUAUAGUACACCAGCUGUUGCUUAUUUUAACGAUGAUGAUGUUCCUGAUAUAAUGAUUCAUUAUCAACAGGGUCCAGGAUAUCCAUUAUAUUACAGUGCACAGACAACAAUUUUAGAUGGUUUAACUGGUAAACCGUUAUUAAAUAAGCCAAUGGAACACACAAUUGGUGCUCAAAGUUCACCGUUAACUAUUAGUUUUAAUAAACGAGGAACAGAUAUGUUUUUAUUUUGGCUAGGUGGUUGUGAUAAUAUAACGAAUGGAACAAGACGAGAAAUUGAAUAUGAAAAAAAUAUGCCAAGUUUUAUUUUAUCACAUGCAAACAUUUGUAAAUUACAAUAUCAUACAACGAGUUAUACUGCUUUAUACGCACUAUCAAAUUCAAUGGAACCUCCUGGAACAGUCAUUUAUCAUUCAAAUGAGAACGCAGCAGUGGAACAUGGUGCUUGGGUGAAUACAUCGCUUGACGUGCAAAAAUUUUUGUCACGAUUUCCAAAUUAUACAGAAAUCUAUGAUGAUUGGCAAAGUCUGGAGAAUUAUGUACAAGAAAACGAUAGUAUGAUUACACCGAAAUUAAAUGAGUUAAAUCCACCGCAAACCAAUCUAAAUGGUGUUGACAACAGCGAUGAAUCAUUAUUAAACGAUGAUUCUAAUGUAGAAUUUUUAACCGGUGAGGAAUAUGAUAGUGAUCGCUCUGCAAGAAAACAUUAUAAGCGACGAAAACGUCAUGUAGGGCCACAUGAUGAUGGCGGUGUACAACGAAUGAUAUCAACCGAUCUUCAACAUGGAAAAUCAUCAAUCGAUAUCAUCUUCGCAACAUAUUGGAUAAAUUCUGAUACAUCAUUAUUACUUCGACCAGAUGAAAAACGGUGUAUCAAUGAAGGAAUGGCUAAUGAACAUCUACGGUUGAAUGGAAAUGAUGGUCUUUAUGUUGGAAUGGAUCAUGAUGCAUAUGAACAUUACAUCGAAGAAAAAUGUAGAAAUCAUACAAGACUAAUAAAUACAGCUCUUAAAAUAUCUCCGGAAUUAGUAGACUCAAUAAGAACUUCAAUAUCAAAUCCAUUUAAAAAACAAAUGGGUCAAUUGACUGUUUACAGACUACGUCUUCAUUUUCGCAACUGUCCAAUUAGGAAAAAUAAAUUUAGCUUCAAGCGUGAACAUUUAUGUGAUGAAGUAGAGGUAGCAUCAUUCAACGAACAAAUUUGGGCUGGAUAUAUGGGGAGUAGAGGCGAUUGUCAUGCAAACAACAGACAACCUAAUAACAUGAGAAAAUAG